AUGUCCAACAAGGUUCAUGAAAGGGGCGUGGAGAUGGAAGAAAAAGGUUCUAAAAAGGCAACUAGAAAGAUUCAAGAACUUCCAAAGAAGAUUCUAAAAGAUAUAUGGAAAGUUGGGAAAGACGAUCCAAGAAGAGUGAAACAUGCUUUAAAAGUAGGAGUUUCUUUGACACUUGUCUCCUUACUGUAUCUCCUAGAACCUCUUUUCAAAGGCAUUGGAAGUAAUGCAAUGUGGGCAGUCUUGACUGUUGUGGUCGUUCUUGAGUUCUUUGCCGGUGCAACCUUGUGCAAGGGGCUUAAUAGAGGAUUAGGGACACUAAUUGCAGGAUCUUUGGCAUUUUUCAUUGAAUUUGUCGCAAAAGAUUCUGGCAAAAUCUUCCGAGCAGUUUUCAUCGGUGCUUCAGUUUUUAUCAUUGGAGCGGCGAUAACGUAUCUAAGAUUUAUCCCGUACAUAAAAAAGAACUACGAUUAUGGCAUGCUUAUAUUUCUCUUGACGUUUAAUCUAAUAACAGUGUCAAGUUAUAGAGUUGAUGCUGUGAUUAAGAUUGCACACGAGAGAUUCUAUACUAUAGCCAUUGGUGUUGGUGUUUGCCUCUGCAUGACCCUUUUGUUUUUUCCUAUAUGGUCCGGUGAGGACCUCCAUAAGAGUACCGUUGCUAAGCUUCAAGGCCUCUCUUUUUCCAUCGAAGCAUGUGUGAAAGAGUACUUUGAAGAGGAGGAAAAAGACAAGGAGACAUCAGAUUCAUCAGAAGAUAUGAUCUAUGAUGGUUAUAAGACAGUUUUAGAUUCUAAAUCCACCGAUGAAGCACUCGUAAUGUAUGCAAGUUGGGAGCCAAGACAUACAAGACAUUGUCAUAGAUUCCCAUGGCAACAUUAUGUUAAAGUUGGAGCUGUUCUUCGUCAGUUUGGUUACACUGUUGUCGCUCUUCACGGUUGCUUGAAAACCGAAAUUCAGAUUGUAUGUUUGUUACUUUUGAAGACUCCUAGUUCUAUACGUGUACUCUUUAAGGAUCCAUGCGUUAGAUUAGCCGGAGAAAUCUGCAAAGUUUUGACGGAACUCGCCGCAAGCAUUCAAGACCGACGACGCUGUUCGCCGGAGAUUCUCUCAGAGAGUCUCCAAGUGGCAUUACAAGAUCUCAACUCCGCCAUCAAAUCACAACCUAAGCUCUUCUUCGGCUCCGACGACAACGUUUCCCAAAACGGCAAUAGCGGUAGACAUAACCAAAACGUUCCGGUUACGCAACACAUAAAUAAAGACGCAAAUGACGACAUAUCGCAUCAAAAGGAGACUGGAUCACUUCUUGGGCAAAACGGUGACGUUCCAGUUCAAAACACUGGGACGCCACGCGGCGAAAACAGAUCGCGUUUUGGACCAAACAGUGGCGCUUUGCAUCAAAACACUGGAACCCCACGCGGCGAAAGAGGAUCAUCACGUUUUGGACCAGACGGUGCAAGUUCGUUUUCAAGACUGAGGGCUGAUACGUUGGAACGGAGAUCGACGGCGGCGACCGGAGAGCGACGUAUACUGAUGAAACAACUGAGCAGGAUAGUGGUGAUGACGAGUCUUGAAUUCUCGGAGGCGUUACCGUUUGCUGCCUUUGCGUCGCUUCUUGUGGAAAUGGUUGCUAGGCUUGAUAAUGUGAUUGAGGAAGUGGAGGAGCUGGGAACGGUCGCGUGCUUCAAGGAGUACGAUGGCAACGUUGUUGAUCGGACGGAUGUGGAGGUAGUCGAGAAUCCGGCGGAUCUAGUGGUUGGCGUGGAGUGAAAGGAAGGUUAUGACAUGUUUUAGUUUGGACCAAGUCUAUAAUCUCUUUCCUAUGGCUAAGUACUCGAACAGAUGAUCUUAAAGACUCUUUUCAUUUAAAUGACUAGCGAGUACACUUGAGCUAUAGCGACUACGGAUAAUAAUUUAUGUUUAGAUAUAUUAAAAUCGGACCAGUCGAAAUGUGACGUUUUUUUUUUAACCAUCGGGGUUGGCCUGGUGGUGUUGAGAGAGCUUCUGCCUCAAUACGCACCCGGGUUCGAACCGCUGGCCAGGCAAUUGGGGUAUCUAAUUCCCCAUAGUACCAAAUGGUCCGUCUCGCGCCGAGGGGUUGGCCCCUGGGGGUGGAAGUCCCUCCAGGUUAAUCAAAAAAAAAAAAAAAAAAAAAAAGAAAUGUGACGUUUUUGGUUUAGUUUUGGAUGUGAUCCGAUUCUCUUUUUGAGAAUGUUUAUUUUCGGAAUUUGUGACAUGAGGUGGUGAUUUUCAAGGGUUCGCUACUAAAACUUUAUGCGGUGUGUGGGAUUUUGAGAGACAAAUAAGGUAAAACUGGAGACACCUUGGAGUUCACUUGUAAAAAAAAAAGAUCUUUUGCUAUAUUUCGGAUGUCAUUUCUGGCAAGUGAAGUCAUACUUCAUAAAGCAUAAUUAACAGAUAAGAAAAAAGAAAAAGAUAGGGCCCAACCGCUUCGAACCGGUGACCUAUUGAUCUGCAGUCAAUUGCUCUACCACUGAGCUAUGGACCCAAGUUGUUGUAUAUACUUGAAAUCAUAUUAUUUGGGUUAAAGUCACAUUAUUAUUUUCAUUUAUUGGAUGAUAUCACAUUAUAUAUAGGUUAAAAUGUUUUGUUUCAAAAAAAAGUAGGUUAAACUGUCAUAUUUAUCAAUAUAUAUAUGGUCCCCCAUCAUUCUUGUUUAUAAAAAUGUUAUAAUGCAUAAUCAUUAUUAUCUACUUAUCACCUCCAUAAAAGUUUGAAAGGUUAGUGACGUCAAGAAAAAUUGUUCUUUAUAUAGUGUGUGGUCCAACUAAUCAUCAUCGUAACACUGAGAGAUCGUUGGAUACAUAAGACGACAAUAAUACACAGUCCUACUGAAGAAAAAGAAAUUCCACAGAGAAAACAACAUACAUCUUCAAAUACGUACCUAUAAUAUUAAUACAUAUAGUAAAUCCAUAAUAUUAAUUGUAAUAAAACAGAAUAAACAAUCGA